UGUUGUAUAAACACAAUGGAUUAAGGCCUGGAUGAAUCAAAUAAUCAAUAUGUUUUAUUGGGAAAUAAUGUUUUUUUAAACUUUAUUUUGCGUGUUUUGGUGAUUAAUUCGGAAUUUUAAACCUUUACUUAAAUAGAAAUGGACAGUGAGACUUCAGAGUUUGACCCGCAUUCAGGACCGGAGAUGACCAUGAAUCAGGACAACGCUCCAGUUUACUGCGUCUGUCGCAAACCAGACAUCAACUGCUUCAUGAUCGGUUGUGAGAACUGUAAUGAGUGGUUUCAUGGCGACUGCAUUAAUAUAACCGAGAAGAUGGCAAAAUCCAUUAAGGUGUGGUACUGUGAAAAAUGUCGCAGUAAGGACGAUUCUUUAGAGAUCAAAUAUCGUACCAAGAAAAGCCGGGACAGAGAGUCAGACGGAGACGAAAUGGAGCGGCAGCUCGAGAACGACAUGAUCGAUUUUAAGAACGAUCGACGCCGCGGAUCACGGAUUAAGCGCUCGGCGCGCAUGUGCGGGGAGUGUGAGCCCUGCAUGCGGACGGAGGACUGCGCUCAGUGUGACUUCUGCAAGGACAUGAAGAAGUUCGGCGGGCCUAACAAGAUCAGACAGAAGUGCAGGCUCAGGCAGUGUGAAGUGCGUGCAAGGAAAAUGCUGCGGGUGAAGGAGGAGGAGAUGUCCAUGUCUAAAGGCAGAGAUCGGUUCCAGGCCGACUACUCUCUGUCGGACGAGUACAGCGAGAACGAGCUGGAGCUCUACCAGCAGUACUGCGCCGGCAAAUACGCCGACCACGGAUGGAACAGCGAUGAGGACGAUGGGCCAUACCUCGAUCCCAACAUGCGAAAGAGGGCCGUGAAAGUCAAGCACGUGAAGAGGAGAGAGAAGCGAUCAGAGAAAAAGAAAGAGGAGAGCAAGCCCCGCAAACACAAACCGAAGCAGAAACACCGGGACAAGGUGCGGCACAGCGAGAGGACGGAAUCCCGAGACGGCGGUGAUGUCAGGCAGUGCCUCGGGCCAGGCUGCGUCGAAUCGGCACGCCCCAACUCCAAGUACUGUUCUGAUGACUGCGGCAUGAAGCUCGCCGCCAACCGGAUCUAUGAGAUCCUCCCUCAGCGUAUCCAGCAGUGGCAGCAGAGCCCGUGCAUCGCCGAGGAACAGGGAAAGAAGCUUCUGGAACGAAUCCGGCGCGAGCAGCAGUUAGCCAGGACGCGGCUUACGGACAUGGAGAAACGAUUCCAUGAGCUGGAGGGAAUCAUCGCUAAGGCAAAGCAGCAGGUGGUGCAGCAUGAUGAAGAGGUAAACGAAGGAGACGACGACACAGACCUUCAGAUUUUCUGCGUCUCCUGCAGCCACCCGGUCAACCCCAAGGUGGCGCUACGUCACAUGGAGAGAUGUUACUCCAAGUAUGAGAGUCAGACAUCAUUUGGCUCUAUGUAUCCCACACGCAUCGAGGGUGCGACCAGGUUGUUCUGCGACGUAUACAAUCCUCAAAGCAAAACAUACUGUAAGAGGCUUCAGGUUCUCUGUCCUGAGCACUCCCGGGAUCCCAAGGUUCCAGCAGAUGAGGUGUGUGGAUGUCCUCUGGUGCGUGACGUCUUUGAGCCCACGGGCGAGUACUGCCGGGUCUCCAAACGCAAGUGCAACAAGCACUACUGCUGGGAGAAGCUCCGGCGGGCCGAGGUGGACCUGGAGAGAGUGCGAGUGUGGUACAAGUUGGACGAGUUGUUCGAACAGGAACGCAACGUCCGAAUAGCAAUGACGAAUCGCGCAGGUCUCCUGGCUCUCAUGCUACAUCAAACCAUUCAACACGACCCACAUGCCACAGACCUGCGCGCCAGCAAAGACAGAUAGCCUACCAGGACGCUUCUUUUAUACGGUUUCUGCCCAAAAUGGUUAGAAAUAGAAAGUGUGUUUGAUUAAAAUGUACAUUUAAAUAACAUUCAUAAUGUUGAUUGCUUUUAAAUGAAGGGUGUUGGAUGAUAACACUAGCAAAGAGACUUUAGAAGCUUAGUUUUGGGAGAUGUUAUCAGUGAUGCUCUAUAUAUAUGUGUGUGUGUGUGUGUGUGUGUGUGUGUGUGUGUGUGUGUGUGUGUGUGUGUGUGUCCAUACACA